AGGGCAGGGGGAGGGAUGCACACAGACAUAAAUGAGCAGCUGGAGCCUGCAGGAGGCCAGGAACUCAGCCUGACCCAGCCACCUGUGGAGCAGCACCUAGCAUGUUCUGAACCAUGGCUGUGUGGAUCCAGGCCCAGCAGCUCCAGGGGGAGGCCCUGCGGCAGAUGCAGGCAUUGUACGGCCAGCACUUCCCUAUUGAGGUGCGGCAUUACCUGUCACAGUGGAUUGAGAGCCAAGCAUGGUAGGGACUCCAUUGACAUUGAUAACCCCCAGGACAGCAUCAAAGCCACCCAGUUGCUAGAUGGGCUUGUCCAGGAACUGCAGAAGAAGGCAGAGCACCAAGUGGGCGAGGAUGGCUUCUUGCUGAAGAUUAAGCUGGGGAACUAUGCCACACAGCUGCAGAACACGUACGACCGAUGCCCCAUGGACCUGGUGCGCUGCAUCCGGCACAUCCUGUACCAUGAGCAGAGGCUGGUGCGAGAGGCCACUAACCAGAGCCCAUCCCCAGCCGGCAGCCUGGUGGACACAAUGUCCCAGAAGCACCUGCAGAUAAACCAGAUCUUUGAGGAGCUGAGACUCUUCACCCAGGACACAGAGAAUGAGCUGAAGAAGCUGCAGCAGACACAGGAGUAUUUCAUCAUCCAGUACCAGGAGAACAUGCGCCUUCAAGCCCAGUUCUCCCAGCUCUCACAGCUGGGUCCCCAGGAGCGCAUGUCCCGGGAGACGACACUGCAGCAGAAGAAGGCAUCGCUGGAGGCCUGGCUGCACCGGGAGGCCCAGACACUACAGCAGUAUCGUGUGGAGCUGGCUGAGAAGCACCAGAAAACCCUGCAGCUGCUGCGGAAACAGCAGACGACCAUCCUGGACGAUGAGCUGAUCCAGUGGAAGCGGCGGCAGCAGCUGGCGGGGAAUGGUGGCCCCCCAGAGGGCACCCUGGACAUGCUGCAGUCCUGGUGUGAGAAGCUGGCUGAGAUCAUCUGGCAGAACCGGCAGCAGAUCCGUCGGGCCGAGCACGUGUGCCAGCACCUGCCGAUCCCGGGCCCUGUGGAGGAGAUGCUGGGUGACCUCAACAGCACUAUCACUGACAUCAUCUCUGCCCUGGUGACCAGCACCUUCAUCAUCGAGAAGCAGCCCCCCCAGGUGCUGAAGACACAGACCAAGUUUGCGGCCACGGUGCGGCUUCUGGUUGGGGGGAAGCUGAACGUGCACAUGAACCCGCCCCAGGUUAAGGCCACCAUCAUCAGUGAGCAGCAAGCCAAAGCCCUGCUGAAGAAUGAGAGCACCCGCAAUGAGAGUAGCGGGGAGAUCCUGAACAACUGUUGUGUGAUGGAGUACCACCAGGCCACGGGCACACUGAGUGCACACUUCAGGAACAUGUCCCUGAAGCGCAUUAAGCGCUCAGACCGGCGUGGCGCUGAGUCGGUGACCGAGGAGAAGUUCACCAUCCUCUUCGAGUCUCAGUUCAGUGUUGGUGGCAAUGAACUGGUGUUCCAGGUCAAGACGCUGUCUCUGCCUGUGGUGGUGAUCGUGCAUGGGAGCCAGGACAACAACGCCACAGCCACUGUGCUCUGGGAUAACGCCUUCGCGGAGCCUGGCCGGGUGCCGUUCGCUGUGCCCGACAAGGUGCUGUGGCCCCAGUUGUGUGAGGCACUUAACAUGAAGUUCAAGGCUGAAGUUCAGAGCAACCGGGGGCUGACGAAGGAGAACCUAGUGUUCCUGGCCCAGAAGCUCUUCAACAGCACCAGCAACCACCUGGAGGACUACAAUAGCAUGACUGUGUCCUGGUCCCAGUUCAACAGGGAAAACCUGCCUGGACGGAAUUACACCUUCUGGCAGUGGUUUGAUGGGGUUAUGGAGGUGCUGAAGAAGCAUUUGAAGCCCCAUUGGAACGAUGGGGCCAUUCUGGGCUUUGUCAAUAAGCAGCAAGCGCACGACCUGCUCAUCAACAAGCCGGAUGGGACCUUCCUGCUGCGAUUCAGUGACUCGGAGAUCGGCGGCAUCACCAUUGCUUGGAAGUUUGACUCCCCUGAAAGGAUGUUUUGGAACCUGAUGCCCUUCACAACCAGAGACUUCUCCAUCCGCUCACUGGCUGACCGCCUGGGUGACCUCAGUUACCUCAUCUACGUGUUCCCUGACCGGCCCAAGGACGAGGUCUUCUCCAAGUACUACACGCCGGUUCCCUGUGAGUCCACGCCAGCUAAAGCUGUGGAUGGAUACGUGAAGCCACAGAUCAAACAAGUGGUGCCAGAGUUUGCCACCGCAUCUGGGGACUCAACCCCUGGGUCAGCCACUUACAUGGAUCAAGCACCAUCUCCUGCCGUGGGAUCCCAGACCCAUUACAACAUGUACACACAGAACCCCGAGGCUGUGCUGGACCCUGAAGGGGACUUUGACCUGGACGACACGAUGGACGUAGCAAGGCACGUGGAGGAGCUUCUACGGCGGCCAAUGGACCAUCAGUGGAUCCCUCAUGCCCAGUCGUGACCUGGGGACACCUCCCCCCACACCCUGUGACAGCCCCACCUGGCAGCCAGGGCCUUGGGGAUGACACGGGGAUGGAGCCCUCCUGAGAGCAGCCUUGUGUUCAUGUCUGUGUGCCAGAGCCAGUGGUAUGUGAGGGGUGGGGUGUCCUUUCCCAAGGGUUUGCUCUGAACCGUCUGCAGUGCCCCAGGGCUGCACGAGGCUCUCUGGUGUUUUAUCCCCCUUGUACAAAAGGCAGUGGAUUUGUCGCAUGGUUUUCCUGUAUGUUCCUUUGAGGCCCAGCUUUGGCUUUCUGCUUCUGCAAGCUCCUGCUCUCGUGGCUGUUCCCUAGUGCACCACGCGUGUCCUGGCAUCCCACUGGCUCCCUCUGGAGUCUGGAUCAUUGCCUGUGCCCCAACAAGCCCCUUCAGAUUUGGCAAGAGGGCUGAGGAGGGUGGAGCUCCUUAUCCCGUUUUCUGUCACUGUUAGGUAGAUCCAGAUUCACCCUGGAUCCCUAGCUGCUCUGUUCUGUGGGGGUGGGGGGGUGUGCAGGGGGUGUGGUGAGCAUCAGGGUCCUGGAUGGGGAUGGGGAGCGUGGCAGUGGGUGAGUGCCUCAGAAGGCUACAGGUGACCUUUCUUGGGCAUCUCACCCUGCCAAGGCAAGUCUGUGUCUAGAAGCUGCUCCCAUGUUGGGGAUGAUCAGGGUGGCAGUGCCCUGCCAGGGGCUUUCUUGCCUGGGGGUCCUUGUCAAGUCUGUCUUUGGCAUGAAAAGUUCACAAGGGAUUUGUGCGCCUCUGUGUUCCUGCCCCUGUGGCACCCUUCCAUCAACGUGUUGGGUGAACCAUACUGCCCUGCCUCCUCUCAGGUUUGCUCGUUUAACCAGGAGUGAGAGGAUUGGAAGGUUGUGUCGAAGAGGGGAUCCCAGGCCUGAGGCCCAGGGUCAGGGAGGGAGGCUUGUCUUGGGGUGGGGAUAGGAUUUGGGAAUGAAGCACCCUGCCCUUGAGAAACGUCUGCCCCUCCCGGACCCUUGGGAGACCACCUUUCCUUUCAACGUUAUUUUUAUACCGACAAGUAAAUAAAGCACGGACUAUUUUUUUAACACAAA